CAGACCUGCGGGGUUGAAUGGGCUCAAGGCCACGGAUCCAAGACAAGGGCUUCCGGGGCCGCAACUCGCAUCUUGGGGAACAUUCUGCACUACCGCGCUGGACCUAGCUCCGGACGCUGAGGGGAGGGCGGCCACGGUGACCCUCUUUGGCCUGGGCACAGCUGUCUGACGGACAAAGCAAGCCAAGAGUACAGCCAUGUUUUCUGAACAGGCAGCUCAGAGGCCCCACACUUUGCUGUCUCCACCAACAGUCAACAAUGCCACCUUUGCCCGGGUGCCUGUGGCAACUUACACCAACUCCUCACAACCCUUCAGGUUGGGGGAGAGAAGUUUUAGUCGACAGUACGCCCAUAUUUAUGCCACUCGCCUCAUCCAGAUGCGACCCUUCUUGGUGAACCGGGCCCUGCAGCAUUGGGGCAGUGAAGUUGAAGUAAAGAAGCUGUGUGAGCUGCAGCAUGGGGAGAAGUGCUGUGUAGUGGGCACUCUGUUCAAGGCCAUGCCACUCCAGCCUUCCAUCCUGCGUGAGAUCAGUGAAGAGCACAACCUGCUCCCCCAGCCUCCUCGAAGCAAAUACAUCCACCCAGAUGAUGAGCUGGUCUUGGAAGAUGAAUUGCAGCGUAUCAAACUGAAAGGCACCAUUGAUGUGUCAAAAUUGGUCACAGGAACAGUCCUGGCAGUUUUUGGUUCCGUGAGAGAUGAUGGAAAGUUUCUGGUAGAGGACCACUGCUUUGCUGACCUUGCUCCACAGAAGCCUGCACCCCCUCUUGACACAGACAGGUUUGUGUUGCUCGUGUCUGGGCUGGGCCUGGGUGGAGGCGGUGGCGAGAGCCUGCUGGGGACUCAACUGCUGGUAGAUGUGGUGACGGGGCAGCUCGGGGAUGAAGGAGAACAGUGCAGUGCUGCCCACGUCUCCCGGGUUAUUCUUGCCGGCAACCUCCUCAGCCACAGCACCCAAAGCAGAGAUUCUAUCAACAAGGCCAAGUAUCUCACCAAGAAAACCCAGGCAGCCAGUGUGGAAGCAGUCAAGAUGCUGGAUGAGAUCCUCCUGCAGUUGAGUGCCUCGGUGCCUGUGGACGUGAUGCCAGGUGAAUUUGAUCCAACCAACUAUACGCUCCCCCAGCAGCCCCUGCACCACUGCAUGUUCCCACUGGCCACUGCCUACUCCACACUGCAGCUGGUCACCAACCCCUACCAGGCCACCAUCGAUGGAGUCAGGUUCCUGGGGACAUCAGGACAGAAUGUGAAUGACAUUUUCCGAUACAGCAGUAUGGAAGACCAUUUGGAGAUUCUGGAGUGGACUCUGCGAGUCCGUCACAUCAGCCCCACAGCUCCUGACACCCUAGGUUGUUACCCCUUCUACAAAACUGACCCAUUCAUCUUUCUGGAAUGCCCUCAUGUCUACUUUUGCGGGAACACUCCCAGUUUUGGCUCCAAAAUCAUCCGAGGCCCUGAGGAUCAGAUGGUGCUGUUGGUGGCCGUUCCUGACUUCAGUGCCACCCAGACUGCCUGCCUGGUGAACCUGCGUAGCUUGGCUUGCCAACCUAUCAGCUUUGCUGGUUUUGGAGCAGAGGAUGAUGACCUUGGAGGCCUGGGGUUGGGCCCCUGAUUUAGAGAGGCAGCUGGACCAGGCCAUUUGCCUUUGCAAUAUAAGCCUUGUAAAUAAAGCAUUUAUGUUUACUUGUCUGA